CAUGUGCAUCUGUCUACGUGCUUUACAACUCAUAUCACCUCUAGUCGGCUAGGAGUCUACUUCAGACAGACGGUGCACAAGCACCUUGGAACUCUGUCAGUAACAGGUGAGACAGACAGCAUCUAUUGACCUGUUGCCUUAUAGGAUAGACCUACACAGAUGAAAGAUUUACUAUACACAGUAAGAAUUGAUACCGAAUGGAAUUUGAAAAACAAAAUGAAGUUUGGAUUGAUUCAGAUUAUGAGGAAGAGGAAACAGGUGAUUCCUCUGAUUGGCUGCAUGGCAUUGUCUACUGCUGGAGCCAUCUUUGCCUCCCUCUACUUCCUAUUUACAAAGAAUGAUGUCAUUUUAAAUGAAAGUAGAAUCCCUGAAACCUGGGAGGGAGUGGACCCAUCUAAACCACAGAAGCUGGCCACUAUCAACCAGAAGUGGAGACCGAUUGAAGAACUGGAACAGGUGAAGAGCAUGACCAAGUGAUCUUGCACAUGCGGGCUCUCUCUCUCUCACUCUCUCUCUCUCUCCACCCUCUCCCUUUCCCUUUCCCCUCCCCCUCCAUCCUGAUUGGGAGCCCACCAAGUUGCCUGCCUCCCCUUCCAUCAGUCGAGCAGAAUCAUUUCGACACAAACUAGAUUCUCUAAUACUGCACAAUAGACUAUAAGUGUGCCCAAAGCUAUUUGUUUGUGAAACAUAAUGUAUGUGUGAGGGUGAAAUAAGUGGGCAUGGGCAUGGGCAUGGCUUGUGUUAUUAAUGAUUCAUGAGGAGUGUGUGCCUGUGUGAUCCAAUCUAAAGCAAUGGCUGUAGGAUGACAAUGCCACCAUCAGAAAAAUUGCUUUAAAAAAGGUGGUCUUUCCAGCUAAAUAUAUUGUACUAUACUAAUGCACUGAUAGUUCCUUCAGAAAUUAUUCAUACCCCUUGACUUAAGCAACAUUUUGUUGUCUUACAGCCUGAAUUAAAAAUGUAAAUUCUUUUUUUUUUUUACAAUGAAGAUCUGUGAAUUUAUUUUGGAUUUUUACGAAUUAUCUUUGAAAGACAGGGUCCUGAAAAAGGGACGUUUCUUUUUUUGCUGAGUUUAUAUUGGUAAUGCAAAAGCAAAGUGCACUAUCUAAAAUCUAAAUGUGUUUAUCCAACUUUCUUGGCUUUCUCAUAGUGUGUGUGUGUGUGUAAGGGCGUCAUGAUUGGGAUAGCCUAAACUCAGGGCCCGAUAGAAUAUCAAGGCAAAUCACAGUAACUUCAGUGAAAACAUGGUGGAACAAAGCCAGAGUGCAUUUAGUUACUUCAUUUACUGCUUUUUGCCUUGGUUUUUACUUGGAUUUUGUAGUUACAGCAAAUUUGACACAAGAUAAACCGAUACUACAAAGCCUGAUUUCAAUUUUAACUCAAUUUUGACCAAACGUGUAGUUACUGCUCUUUUCAAUUGUAAUAUUUUUUUGUCCAUUGUGUAUUUCCGCUUGCGGAAUGUUUAGAUAAAGCCUGGAAUAAAAGAAAAAGGGACACCUAGCAUUAAAUUGUAAAAAAGA